CUCACACAGUUGAUUUUACUGAGAGCUGAAAUGGACUAUAGACAAGUUCAAAUGGAGAAAAUCUCUUGCUCCAUCUGUUUGGAGACAGUGAAGGAUCCGGUGACUAUUCCCUGUGGACACAGCUACUGUAUGACCUGCAUUAACGACCACUGGGAUGGAGAAGUUCAGAGGAGAAACUCUAGCUGCCCUCAAUGCAGAGAAAAAUUUAGAAAAAGACCUGUCUUGAAGAAAAGCACAAUGUUAGCAGAUUUAGUGGAUAUUGAACUGAAGAGGACUGGACUCCAAGCUGCUCCAGCUGAUCACUGCUAUGCUGAACCUGAAGAUGUGGCCUGUGAUGUCUGCAGUGGGAGGAAGAGGAAAGCUGUCAAGUCCUGUUUAUCUUGUCCAGCUUCCUACUGUGAGACUCACCUCCAACAUCACCAUGAUGCUCCACCAUUAAAAAAGCACAAGCUGGUGAAUCCCUCCAAGAAGCUCCAGGAGAACAUCUGCUCUCGUCAUGAUAAGGUGAUGGAGCUCUUCUGUCGUAUUGAAAGAGCAGAAAGGGCUGAGAAGCAGAAGGAGCUCCAGGAGAGUCGACAACGAAUCAAGCAAAGAAUCCAGGACCAAGAGAAAGAUGUGAAGCUGCUUCAACAGGAGGUGGAGGCCAUCAAUGUCUCUGCUGAUAAAGCAGUGGAGGACAGUGAGAAGAUCUUCACUGAGCUGAUCCGUCUCCUCCAGGAAAGAAGCUCUGAUGUGAAGCAGCAGAUCAGAUCCCAGCAGGAAACUGAAGUGAGUCGAGUCAAAGAUGUUCAGGAGAAGCUGGAGCAGGAGAUCACUGAGCUGAAGAGGAAAGACGCUGAGCUGGAGCAGCUCUCACACACAGAGGAUCACACCCAGUUUCUCCUCAACUACCCCUCACUGCCAGCACUCAGUGAGUCUACACACUCAUCCAGCAUCAUUGUCCGUCCUCUGAGACACUUUGAGGACGUGUCAGCAGCUGUGUCAGAGCUCAGAGAUAAACUAAAGGACAUCCUGAGAGACAAAUGGACAAACAUCUCACGGUCAAUUAGUGAUGUGGAUGUUUUACUGUCAGAACCAGAACCAAAGACCAGAGCUGGAUUCCUAAAAUAUAUGCAAGAAAUCACCCUGGAUCCAAACAUAGCAAACAGGUUUCUGUUAUUAUCUGAGGGAAACAGAAAAGUAACGAGGGUAAAAGAACGACAAUCUUAUCCUGAUCAUCCAGACAGAUUUGAUAAUUUAUGUUAUCAGGUUCUGAGUACAGAGAGUCUGACUGGACGUUGUUACUGGGAGGUGGAGUGGAGAGGAGGAAUUGCUGUAGCAGUUUCUUACAAGAACAUCAACAGAAAAGGAGGAUUUGGAGUCAAUGACAAAUCCUGGUCAUUAUAUUUUAUCACAAAAGGUUAUGUAGGUUUUCACAACAACAUUAAAACUCCAGUAUCAGGUCCUGUUUCCUCCAGACUAGGAGUGUACCUGGAUCACAGAGAAGGUUUUCUGUCUUUCUACAAUGUCUCUAAAACUAUGACUCUGAUCCACAGAGUCCAGACCAGAUUCACUCAGCCUCUACAUGCUGGGAUUCAACUUUUUGGUGAGGAAUCAUCUGCUGAGUUCAUUAAACUGAAAUAGUCAGCAGUGAUCCGACGUCCAGUUUUUAAAAAUGUGUAUUUUAGUUUCAGGUGUUUGAUUCUCCUCCAUUGUUGCUGAGAGUUUUGUUUUCAUUUCUUCACUGCUCACAGAUCAGCUGUCUUUACGGAGUUACUUUAUUAUCUUUUUGUUUUGUUGGUGUUGGAGUUCAUUUGAGUGCUGCCCCUUCCUGUUUCUGUUCACCCAUGGAGACUCUCACUGCUAAGGAGGAUUUUGAUUCUCUAAUUACAUUUACAUGAAUUACUUUUUCAUUUAAAUCCAUGUAAAAAUUAGCUGAUGGAAACUAAUUGCUACUAUCAUCAUCAAUCAGAAAAUUUGUCAUUAUUUUGUUGGACGAAGAUCAGAUUAUGAUAACGCAACUUUUUAAAACUCAAACAGUGUUUAGUAUGGGCUGGUAAGUGAAAUGUAAAAGGACAUCAGCAGGUAAAAAUAACUUCCUGCUGUGAGAAAACUAUCAUCCUUUUCAGCAUUUAUUGUAGUUGAAAGGUUAAAGAAGGAAAUUGAUCAAUUUCAUAACAAUAUUCUUCUUUCCAAAGGAAAAAAUAGUUUUUGAACAUUGAAGCAAAGAUGCCAAAGUGUGGAACAAUGUAUUGGCUUAGAGUGGAAAAUUCACUUAUUCAUAAUCUGUAAAAGAUGUUUUCAGAAUGGAGUCCAUUCAUUUCUGGAUUUAGCAGAGAAGCAAAUUCUCUCCUGAUUGUAGAGAAGAGCUGAUGUUAUCUAGUAAACUACAUUGAUUACAUUGAUUAACAUGCUUUAUGUGUUUUUUUAUGGGAGACUUUAUACAACAGCCAAGCUUGCCGUGUUUAUUUUCUGCUUUAAUGAUUAUAUCUGUGUGAUGCUGUAAUAUUGUAAAAAUCUGAAUAAUCUAAAUUUAUUUGUAACAUUUAGUUGAUUUUGGUUAUUUAAUCUUUCAUCCUGGUUAACUUUUAUAAAAGAAAAAUAAAGAAUGUCAAAGCUAACAGUUUUUGAAUCUGCGUGAGACUGUUGCUUUUAACAUGCACAAAUUUCAGAUUGCUUGUUAACUGAAGAUUUGUUGGUCAAAAGGAAAAGGCCAAUUCCAAACAUGUUGUUUAGAUGGUUAAUUCAGGAGGAAAUAGUGAUGAGGUACAGGUGUGUGUGUACGGGGGCGGGGCUUGUCCGGUUUCAUUUGGCUGCAGUUUGUUCUCACAAGGUUCACUUUCAUGAUUGAACAACAUUUUUGUAAUGAGGUUGU